UGCAAUGGUUGGUUCUACUCGGCCAACCCUCCCCUUGCGGCCCCGAGUCGCCUCUUGGGAAGGCACAGUUGGCUGAGCGCCUCGCCGAGAGCCGAGGUGCAUUGUGGGAAGACAGAAAGAUGGUGGCGCCAGUGAGGUGGGUUCUGCCAGGGGUAGCUGGGGGCUGGCGGCGGCGGUUCGACAGGCUGUGGGCAGGUAGCUCGGCUUCACGCGGCCUGGUUCUCGAGGCCGCGCCCUCAGGCAACCGAUCCCCAUGGCGCUUGUUGGGAGCCCUGUGUCUGCAACGGCCACCGCUGGUCACCAAGCCUCUCACCCCGUUGCAGGAAGAGAUGGCGGCUCUACUGCGGCAGAUUGAGAUAGAGAAAAGCCUAUAUUCAGACCAUGAGCUUCGUGCUCUUGAUGAAGCUCAGCGACUGGCCAAGAAGAAAGCGGACCUGUAUGAUGAUGAUGAAGAUGAACAGGAUAUUAUGCUUGUACAAGACUUGGAAGAUAUGUGGGAGCAGGCAUUCCUACAGUUCAAACCUGGAGCUCGAGUAACAGAAGCUGAUAAAAAAAAUGAUCGAGCCUCAUUGCACCGGAAGUUAGACAGCAAUCUUGUCUUGUUAGUCAAAGAGAAGCUUGGAGACCAGGAUAUUUGGUUACUGCCUCAGGUAGAGUGGCAGCCUGGGGAAACCCUCCGAGGGACUGCUGAGCGAACCUUGGCUACACUCUCAGAAAACAACAUGGAAGCUAAGUUCCUAGGAAAUGCACCUUGUGGCCACUACAAGUUCAAGUUCCCCAAGGCGAUUCGGACAGAGAGUAACAUCGGGGCCAAAGUAUUCUUCUUCAAAGCCCUGCUGAUAACUGGAGACUUUUCCCAGGCUGGGAAGAACGCCCAUCAUGUGUGGGUCAGUAAGGAGGAGCUGGCUGACUAUCUGCAACCAAAAUACCUGGCUCAGGUUAGGAGGUUUCUUUUGGACCUCUGAUGGGACUCAGCUGCCUGUGGAUGAUGCUCAGACAAGUCAAGUGGUUAGGACCUCAAGGACAUGGUAGAUUGUCUACAUUUACAGCAACUAUCAAACAACAGACUAAAUUCUGAGAAUUAAAUGAGGUUGUCAUUGUGUUGGACCCUGAUUUUCCCUUUGAGGACAACUGGCUUUUCCCAGUGAAGAGUGGGCCGACUAUAUAGGAGCCUUUCCAUUUUUCUCAAGCUAAGAAUGGAGUAUUUCUUUAUAGUGAAUUAAAGCAUUAUUUUAUAGUGAA